UCGAGCUUUUCGUCCAUGGACGCGCGGGCGUAUCUGGGGUUUCUUCUAUACAGUGCUCGGUGUUGUCUGCAAAUAAUCAAGACCAUCCUCUCUCCUUCCCUUCCCUGCUUCCCAUCCCUCUCACCAACAAAUGGAAGCCCUAUCCAUAGCCCUUUCUCUAAAAUAUUGCCCUAAUUGCCGGUACCACAUUUAUUCCUUUCUUUACCGCUUCCCUUAGUGUCUAGGUUCCGCCGCUCCGAACCCAGGGAACCUAUCUUAAGCACUGCUGGGUUCCUGAUGCUCGCCCUUCCGUUUGAUUUCGCUGUUUGGAUUGAAGAUGGCGCUUGUUCCGGUGAGGACGGAAAGUUCCUUUCUGGAAUCGGAGAUGGAUGGCUCCGUCGAGUCGCUAGGCCGUCUUCUCGAUGCGCAGAAGAAGAUAUUCCACAGCCAGAUAGACCAGCUGAAGAGGCUGGUUGUCAACCAGUGCAAGCUCACGGGGGUCAAUCCCCUCUCACAAGAGAUGGCUGCUGGUGCACUAUCAAUAAAAAUUGCAGGAAAAAAGCCUCGGGAUCUGCUCAAUCCCAAAGCAGUCAAGUACAUGCAGUCAAUUUUUGCUAUUAAGGAUACUAUUGGCAAGAAAGAAACCCGUGAGAUUAGUGCUCUUUGUGGAGUUACAGUCACGCAGGUAAGGGAUUUUUUUUCCGGGCAACGAUCAAAAGUUAGAAAGCUUGUUAGUCUUGUGAGGGAAAAGGCUGCUAAAUCAGAUGCAGCUAAUGAGAGAUGCUCUACGAAUCCCGAGGAAACCCUUUUAUAUCACAUUGAUGCACCUUCGAGUGCUGUUGAUGUCAAGAAUGUUGGGGACUUGGCAGAAGUUCCAGAUAGCAAUGGUAAUUUACUUGCCAUUCAGUAUUAUCAAAAUGUUCCUGUGAGCUCCAUUGAUUCUAAACCCAUUCAAGUGGUAGUCCCUUCAUCCUCAUCACAGGAGGAAAGUAUACCUGGUAUUUAUGAGGAUGAUAAAAAGUUUCUAGAGAAUAUUUUCAACUUAAUGAGGAAGGAAGGGACAUUUGCUGGACAGGUGAAAUUGAUGGAAUGGAUUCUUCAAAUCCACAAUUCAGCAGUAUUAGUUUGGUUUUUAACUAAAGGUAGCAUCACGAUUUUAGCUACAUGGCUGAGUCAAGCAGCAAUUGAAGAACAGACAACUUUGCUUAAUGUCAUUCUUAAGGUUCUUUGUCAUCUACCACUACAUAAGGCUCUUCCAGCACAAAUGUCUAGUAUAUUGCAGACAGUCAACAAGCUUCGGUUUUACAGGACACCAGACAUAUCAAACAGGGCAAAGGUUCUCCUCUCUAGGUGGAGCAAAAUGCUUGUAAGAAAUCAGGCUGUGAAAUAUCCUUCAAUAUUGAAUUCUUCGAAUGGCGUUCAGAAGGACAUCAUUAGGAAACAGAGGAUAAGUGAAAUUCUCAGUGAAGAGUUUUGGCGGUCCAAAAUUGGCAUUACUGAUGAAAUUCUUGCUCUGAAAGAAAGUAGCGGGAAUGACAGUAAAUCAGAUCCUAAACAAGCAUUGAAGCUGCUUACAGCAUCAUGCAAUCGCUCGAAUAGAAAGCAAGGCCAAAGUGCUUUAUCAAUUAAGAUAAAAGAACGCAGAAAAGUUCGGCUAGUUGAGCAGAUUGAUCAGAAAGCUGCAGGAAGAAUUGCACAAGUAGUAAAAGCAUCACCGUCAAAUCUUAGCCGUCCAAUCUCUGCUGAUGAUAUUCAGAAGGCAAAGAUGCGUGCAAUGUUCAUGCAGCAUAAGUAUGGAAAGGCAGAUGCAUCUUCUAGCGAGAUUAAGAUAAUAGUAGAAGAUAGCAAAGGCCUACCAGCACCUCAGUCCAAAAAAAUUUUGCCACCACCCAGAAUAAUGCAGCUAGAACAAAUAAAUAGAGAAGAAAAGAUGCUAGCUGACGUUUUACGUGGAGAUUCUGAAGCUCCAAUUGACACUAUAUCUGCUGGAGCUCUCCAGGAAGAGUCGUUGGAGAAGCUCAAGAGGAGUCAGUUCCAGUGGCAGACCCCACCAGAGAUGAAGAUUAAUAGCUCAUGGAGGGUUGGUGAGGCUGAGAGCAGCAAGGAGGUCGAUGUUCAAGCCCAACGAAUUAGAAGGGAGAAGGAGACGUUCUAUUCAUCUAAAUUUGACAUCCCACCCGAUCCUAAAGAGCCAUGGGACAUCGAAAUGGACUUUGAUGAUAGCCUUACUCCAGAAAUCCCAAUUGAUCAGCCUCCAGAUUCUGAUGCUGUUGAAGACCCCCUUGAUCCUUCUGGUGAUGACCAAACCAUUCCUGAUGACAUGCCAGCAGCUAUGGUAGCUUUGCCCCCUAUGACCGCUUAUGGCAAUGCAGCUGAACCUGACUUUGAGCUACUUGCUGUUCUUCUGAAGAACCCGGAGCUAGUCUUCGCCCUCACCUCUGGGCAGGGAAAGAACCUUAGCAGCGAUGAGAGGGUGGCACUUCUUGAUAUGAUCAAACACAGCAGUGUUUCACCGGGUGCUAGUUUGACUGGGAUAAGUAGUAGUACAUCUCAGGACAAGCCCAAGGAUCCGGUGCCGAUGUCUCUUCCAUCUCCGACUCCUCCAUCAGAUGUGGAAAGAGCGGCUGGUUGGAGGUCAGCAUUUCCCACCGUGUCCAAAGCUCAGUUGCCACAGUCCCAAUUCUCUUGUGCUGUUCGACAUUCAGCCCCCACUCUAACCCCUACUCCACUCCCGACAUUGAUGGUGUUGCCUGCUCAAGCUGAGCUGCAAUCUGCCAUUGUACGCACGUCUCAUGUGCUUAUCACUGCAAACACUGUACCUCAAACCGUUGCAUUUACUAGUUUAACUUCUCAAAGGCCAUGUCCUCUCCUAUCCCAACAUAUCCUGCCCUCAUCCUAUGCAGAGCCGCAAAGACUGAAUACUGAAUGCUCCUUGCCAUCGAAAAGAAAUGCUUUAAGCUGCCCCGCAAGUGCUGUCCCUUCCCCCACGCCAGCAUCCUUUCAUCAAGAUACUUACUGUCGCAAUUCUCUCCCAACGUCCACCGUCUCCUCUCUUCCCUCUCUUCCUCCACCCCAAAGGAGGUCACAAUCACUAAUGAUCUCUGACCCUUCCGUAGCAAUGAUUCCUCCCAACCCUACUUCAUUGUCACGUGGUGAUGCCAGUGCAGAGUGGUCUGAGUGGCGAGACAUGAUGCCAGAAUCUUCAACUCGAAGACAAAAUGCAAAGGAAUUUACAUUGCAGGGGAGCCCACGCUUUAAUGCUAGUAUUAGAGAUAUUUAUCAUACACAUCAAGGUCGAUCAACAGGAAGAGUAGAGAUUGUUGGCAGAUCCAGGGAUUUGGAAACUUGGAGUCCUGAAAGACCCCCUUUGAGAUCCUCGGAGUCUAGGCAUGGACAUGGUCGGAGCCAUGCUGAGUCGAGGAGGGAGCAGGGGUGGAAUCAGAGACACGAGUUGUCAAGGCAGCGGAGUUCUGAACAUCAUGAUCAAAAUCGCUCAAGCAAUGGAAGUCGUGGAAGGUGGCGGGAUCGAGAUCGAAGAAGGUAGCUGUUGGGCUGUCUUUUCCUUUUUUAAUGAGAUUAUAAGAUCUGAGUUAGUGUAGAUGAUUUGUAUAGGCUUUCCGGAGUCUCCAAGUGAUUCUGGCAAAUAUGGGGAUAUGGGAGAUUAACGUUUUUAAUAGGAAUUCAUUUUCCUUCGACAGGCUUGAGAGCCUCUUCUAUCUUGUCUUUCAAUUAAUAUUUUAAUCGAAUUUUAGCAUUAUCUAA